AUGCACGACACAGCGCGCACUGAACUCUCAGCGCCUAUAUUCCCUGCCUUUAGUCCACUUCCGUUUCUAGGUUCUCUUUUGACUUGCAGCAAGCCGACUUACCUAUUGCCAGAUCCACUGUUCCAGUCUCAGAACUAUGGCAAAACAUUUCGAUAA